GUGCGCAUCUAUCCCUCCCUCCAUUCAUUUCAUAUCUUUCAUCUUAUAUAUAUAAAGGCCUUGCCUUGUGUAGACCUUUCAUCUUACAAGUUACAACCAACCCCCUGCCUGUCCACAUUCUCGAUUAGGUCUCCAAUGAAAGAACCAGUGCUUGAAGAGAUGGAGAAUGCAGGAGGGUUUGGUAAUGGCUUUCAUGGGAUUCCUGGAAAAGAUGAUUUCGACCCAAGUGCGCCGCCUCCAUUUAAGAUUGCUGAGAUCCGAGCUGCCAUUCCCAAGCAUUGCUGGGUCAAGAAUCCCUGGAUGUCUCUCAGUUAUGCUCUCAGGGAUAUCUUUGUGGUUGUUGCAUUGGUUGCUGCUGCAAUCUACUUCGAUUCUUGGACCCUUUUUCCGCUCUAUUGGGCUGCUCAGGGAACAAUGUUCUGGGCUAUUUUUGUUCUUGGACAUGAUUGUGGCCAUGGAAGCUUUUCCGAUAACCCAGAGCUAAAUAAUGUGGUGGGCCAUAUCUUGCAUUCUGCAAUUCUUGUACCCUACCAUGGAUGGAGAAUUAGCCACAGAACUCAUCACCAGAACCAUGGGAAUGUCGAGAAUGACGAGUCAUGGGUUCCGUUGACUGAGAAGUUAUACAAGAGUUUGAGUUACAGCACCCGAUUGCUGAGAUUCACAGUGCCUUUUCCCCUGUUUGCAUAUCCUUUCUACUUGUGGAGUCGAAGUCCAGGAAAGCAAGGCUCCCACUUCAACCCAUACAGCAAACUGUUCACCCCCAAUGAAAGGAAAGAUGUGAUAACUUCAACCUUGUGCUGGUCUGUAAUGGCUGCUCUACUUAUCUCUCUAUCCUAUGCAAUAGGCCCCAUUCAAAUGCUAAAGCUUUACGGUAUUCCUCACUUGAUUUUUGUAAUGUGGCUGGACCUUGUGACUUAUUUACAUCACCAUGGUUAUGAGCAGAAGCUUCCUUGGUACCGCGGCAAGGAAUGGAGCUAUCUAAGAGGAGGGCUGACAACAGUUGAUCGUGAUUAUGGAAUGUUCAAUAACAUCCACCAUGAUAUUGGCACCCAUGUUAUUCAUCAUCUCUUCCCUCAAAUCCCACACUAUCAUCUAGUGGAAGCGACUAAGGCAGCUAAACCAGUGCUUGGAAAGUACUAUCGUGAGCCAAAGAGAUCUGGGCCUUUUCCAAUUCACUUGAUCAAGAAUCUAGUAAGAAGCAUUGCAGAAGACCACUAUGUCAAUGACAAUGGAGACAUAGUCUAUUACCAGACUGACCCUGAGUUGUAUAAAUCUUCCCUCAGCAAGCCUGACUGAUUCUUGGGGAUGAAGUUUUGGCAGUUGUUUGAUAACCAUAUUUCUAGUUCAGAAUUGGUCCAUUGAUGUCUGUUAUAAGCUAGGGAGACUUCAAUUUGUAUCUUUUAUUUCCAAAAUUAUGAGAUCUAGAUCCUCUUCUUUUCUCCACAAUGGAGAAAAUGAUUGUUAUGUUAUGAUGAACUUUCAAAUAGUUGUAUUUUGAUGAUAAAGCAUACCUUUCUCUAAGCUAAUAUUUGGUAUGAUGUUACUG